AAAAGUAGGAAGCGGAAAGAGGACAGAGAAAGAAAGCAGAAUCAGAGGCAGAAGCGCUAAGGGAGAUGGUAACAGAUCUCACAGAGGGAAAAGUGGCGCAGACAACCAAGAUUGAGAGUCUCCAGAGACAGUUAAGGGCUGCCUCAAGUGAAGUAGACUCACUCCAUGAAUUGAAAUCUGCUCUGCUGGGGGAGAGAGACAAGCAGGAAGCAGAGGCCUCCAAACUGCUAACUGAAUAUCAGAAAACAAGAGAAGAGUUAGAACAGAUUAAGGUUUCGAGUGCAAAGAAAAUUGAGCUGCUGCAGAAGACUUGGGAAAAGGAAAAACACAUUUUACAGGAGAAAGUGGAGAACCUUGAAGCUCAGAAUAGUCAAGUGGAUAUUUUGAAGACCAAAUGUAAGAAGCUUGUUCAGGAGAAAGCAGGGCUGGAGGAAGAGCUAAAAAAACAGCAAGUCCUAGUGUCAAAAGGUGUCAAAAUGCAAGGAGAAGUUUUAGCCCUUAAAGAAGAGAAGAAGGCUGCUGACAUCAUACUCGAGACCACACAGAAACAGAAGAAGGCCCUUGAGGACAAGUUAAAAUCCUUUGAGAGCCAAGUCACAGACCUAAAGAAGGCAAAAGAGAGGGACGAGAAAAAUUCCAAAAUGGAACUUGGCAAAGUACAGGAGUUGGAGGAAAGGUUGAGAGAGAAGGAUUUGGCUUUAUCAGAAGCUGAAACUAAGCUGAAGAAUUUAAAUAUUAAACUUGAAGAUAUGGAGUGUGCUAAACAUCAGCUAGAGGAAACUGCUAGAGAAGCCAAGGAGAAUUCUGAGAAGAAUGAAGCUGAUGGAACAAAGCUAAAAGAUGAUCUUAAUGAAGCUUUAGAGAAGUAUAAACACCUUGCAAGUGAAUUUGAUGAUUUUAAGGCCAAGCACAGUGAGCAAAUAGAAGUGUAUACCAAAGAGAUUGAAUAUUUAAAGUCAACAAUGGAGAAAAAGAUGGAAGAGAGCAGAGUACAUUCAGAAUUAGAGUUGGAAAAGUUUAAUGAAGAAAAGGGAGAACAGUUCAAACAGUUUGAGGAGGAGCAUCAGGCCUUGAAAUUAAAAGAACAGAAUUUGACAGAAGAAAAUUCACAAUUGAAGGAUAAUAUAGAGCAAUUAAAGGCUAGCUGUCAAAAACUGGAAGAAAAGAUUUCAGAGUCAGAAAGACAGCUUAAAGAAAAAGAUACACUCAGUGCAGAUCUCCUACAGAAAUAUCAAGCCAAAGAAUCUGAAAAUGUUAGUCUUGCUGAAAGCAAGGACAAAGUGGAAGAAUUGAUGGUGCAGGUAAAGGAAUUUACUGUGGAAAUCAAUAAACUUAAUGAAGAAAAUAAGGCUUUGCUUGAUAAGUGUAACAGUCUAGAAACAGAGACAUCUCAUUGGAAGGAAAAGUUGGCAGAAGCACAGAUGGAAAAGCAAAAUCUUGAAACUGAACAUUCCAAGGCUGCUGGAGAAAAGGGAAGAUAUCAGGAAAUUGCUGAUGAAUACAAAGAAAAAGUAGAUAGGUUAAAUGGAGACAUAGAGAACCUAAAAUCUGAGAACAGCAAACUAAUUGCAGAUGCAUCAGAUGUAAAUGAUACACUGAAAGAUGUCCAGGAAACUGUGUCUUCAAUAACAUUAUCUUUUAAGGAAGUUUAUCCCAUUAUGAGUGAGUCUUUCAUUUCUUCAACUUCUGACAAUCUCUUAGCAAGACUGAAAGGUAUUCAAGAGCUUUUAGGUGAAAUUGGCAAGAAGCGGGAGAGCUUUAGUCCAGAAGAGUGGGUAAAGACUGUCACAAGUUCACUUGAACAGUUCCAGAACAGCUUCCAGGUUAUUGUUCAGUCUAAGACCAAGGUAUCUGAAAAGUCUUGUGAAGAUUGUUUUGGUAGUUUAAGCAAAAGUUUUAUAGAUGUUUACAAAAUUACAUUGUCUAUCUUGGAUCUCCCUGAAAACUCAGUCCUCGAAGAGAAAUGCCAACAGAUCACCUCAUCACUUUCAAAGCUGUGUGAAGGUUUGAGUAAAGAUUUGGAAAUGGCAAAUCAGAUGAGUGAAGAAGUGAAAAAGUAUACCCAAGAAAGAGAGGCAUUGCAUGAACAGAUACAUAAAGUAAGUGAAGAAGCUGACAGUAAGAUCAAAGAGGUGUCUGUCCAUCUUGAGAACACAUUAAAAGAAAAGAACUGUGAGUUAGAGAACAAAAAGGAAAUUAUUGCUGAGCAUGAGAAGACUGUGAAGAAGCUAGAGAAAGCAUUAGAGGAGGGGAAAGCAUCAUUUGAAAAACUGUCAGCAGAACAUAAAGAGAAAUUGUCUGUUUUAGAAGAAAAGUUAACCAUGAAGGAAAAAAGACUUGGUGAAUUAGAGACACAGAUAACGUCAGGUGACAGCCAGAAAGAGGAGAUUGUCAGUAACUUAAGAAAGCAAUUAGAGAAUAUUGCAGAAGAAAAGGCAAACUUGGACAAAAAAUUAGAGGAAGUUAUUGUACAGAAGGAGCAUAUGGAGAAGUCACACAGAGACCAGAGUGAGGAAAUGGCCAGCUUGCGGAAGAAAGGGGAGGAACUGACCUCUGAAUGCAACUCCCUCCAAAAGGAAAAGGAGGCUGUGGCAAAUAGCCUGGAAGAUGUGAAGAGGGAGUUCACAACUAAGGAGAAGAUCUAUCAAGACGAGAAGCAUGAGUUGGAGAAGAAAAUCGUCCUGCUAUCUGAAGAGAAGAUCAGUUUAGAAAAGGAAUUUGCCACCAUGAGUCAAAGCAGGAAGUCCAAUGAAGAAGACUUCAGCUCAAAGAGAAAAGAACUCGAGGAACAAAUCCAUAAUAUCACAGAGGAAAAGGCCAGCCUAAAGGGGGAACUUGAGGACAGGAAGAGAGAAAAUACAACUCUUCAAGAAAAUAUUCAGGAGCUGGAGAAGAAGUUAGAGAAUCUCGGCUCUGAAGUGGGGCAGUUGCAAGAAAAGGUCAAAGAUAGAGAGAUAGAGAUAGAGACACUAAGACAGGAGAAAGAGGCAUCGGACAAAGAAGUGAAGGAAGCCGAAAAUCAGAGGCUGCAGCUCAACUCAUCACUGGAAACAUCCGCUAACAGAUGCGAGGAACUUCUCACUGAGCUAAACCAAAUGAACAAUGUUCUGCGUGAGCGUGGGGAGAGAAUAUCCCGGCUAGAAGCAGCAAACAAAGAGAAAACCGAACAGCUUGAGGCAACUUCUAAACAGCUUCAGGAACUACAAAAUAAGAUGUCUAGUAGUGAAGCAGAGCUAGCCAGCAAGCAGGAGCAGCUCCAGACAAUUACAGAAAAACUUCAGUCGUUCAGCAAUGAUUCUCCCCUGCCUGCAACUGCUCCAGACAAUCAGCAACUGGAAAAACUUGAAGAGCAAAUCAAGGAGCUUCAGCAAGAGAGGGAUGUUCUAAAAAAGCCAACCAGGCUCAGGAUGCGCAGAGCGAGGCCUAUGAGCACAAGCACAAUCAGUCGAGCAGAGGACACCCAACGCAUGAAGGAACUGGAAGACACGUUUGAGGAGAGGUAUAUGAAGCUGAAGAGCGUUGCCAUUAAACUGAAGAAACGGGUAGCAGAACUCACAGCCCAGCUCAACUCGUCGGAGGAAUCGCGCACUAGAUUAGCCACUGAAAAAGAUGACCUUAAGAAGAAGUUUGACAUGGGAGCCAAAGAUAGCAUGAAAACUGUGUCAAAGAACAUACAGGCUCUUCAGGGUGAGAUUGACAGAUUGCAAGAUGAAGUAGACAGCAAAGUAAAAGAACUCAAGGAUACCGGAAAACAGCUUAUGGCAGCGACUGAACAACUAGCAGCUGCAAAGUCUGAUUUGGCAAAGAUGCAGGAGGAAAAUGCUGUUAUAUAUCGUACAGUAAAGAGCCUAGAGGAAACAAUCGCCACACAGGAAAGCGUCACCUUGAGCUUGCGGGGGCAGGUUGCUAGCUUGGAGGAGCGCAUAGCAGCUGAGGUGCAGCAGCAACACACCCUCGAGGAACGCAGGAGGAAGGCUGAUGAACAGAUUGAGGAGGAGAGACAGAAAAUUUCGCAGCUCACAAGGGAACUGGAUGAAGCAAAGCAGGACAGUAAAACAAAGAGCCUGAUGGACCUGGAAAUGCGGGACUACGAGCUGACGGUAAGCGAACUCCAAGGCCAGCUGGCAGAGAAGGACACCAAUAUUGCUGAGCUGCAGGGAGAGAUCGAGAGAGAGAAGAGACGAUCGGGGAGUCUGCAGGAUCAGCUGGUUCAUCUUUCCACUCAGGAAGCCACCGAAAGAGAGAGAGCAGAGAAGAUGAAGAAACUUCUCCUGGAUCACAAGACGCAGUUAGCUGAGCUGCGACAAGUGCAGGAUGUCCAGGCGGCCGUACAGGAGACAGACCGAGUCACAAUUGAACAGCUUACCCAGGAAGUUGAAAAGCAGAAAUUAGUGUUGUCAGAAAUUAGUAUUGAAAAGACAAGACUAGAGGACUCUUUGAGGAAAUCUAAAGCUGUGACUGAUCAUCAAAUUGAAGUCUUAGAAGAACAACUUUCAAAACAUAAAACUGAAGUAAGUCAGUUAACUUCAGAAUUGAAGGCAGUUAAAGAUGAAUUUGAAGGAUACAAAGUAAGGGUCCACAGUGUAUUGAGACAAAAAUCCAGAGCACCAGACAUUGACGUGAAUGAGCUGAAGACAGAGAGGGACCAGCUCCAGAGUGAUUAUGAUGCAGCCCAGUUAAGAAUACAACAGUUACAAUCUGAGAUCUCUGCUGUGAAGGCAGAACUCAGCUACUUGCAGUCUGAGAAGGAUGGACUUUUGCGCCAGGUGUCUUCCAUCACUGAGGAAUUGACCAAAAGGGAGUCAUCCCAUCAAGAGAAAGUUGCCAAACUGGAGAGUAAAAUUGAGACUAAGACAGCAGAGUAUCAGCUGAUCAUUGCCAACAUGUCCAUUCAAAAUGAAACUAUGAGUAAUAGCUUUAAGAAGCAACUUGAGACUCUUCGUGACACCCACACUCAUGAGGUAGAGGAUCUUACAAAGAAACUGGAAGAAACUGAGGACAAGCUUUGGCAGCUCAAGAACAAUAUUAAUACUGUGCCAGCCCCUCCUGCAAAUGCAAGCAACUCCCUUAGCCCAUAUGCAGGUGUCCCUCAUACUAAUCGUCAUGAAUUGGACACACACACCAAUACUUCUCACCAUAAUCAGCACAGACGUCAGCACAGCCACGGCUCAGAGGAGAAUAGGAUUGAUAUCACUAACAUGAUCAGGGAAGAAGGAGAGGGAUCUGAGUGGGUGGAGCCUGUGCACCAUUCCCCGGCUAGACCCAUGGGAUACAGCCCGCCACCCUUGGAGCAGCUCAUAAACUCUCCCCUGCCCUCAGCCCUCAGUCAGCAACCCCCUCAAGAUGACACGGUCAGCGUCACCAGUGUUGCCACUGAUGCCACAUUAAAGGAGAUAGAUAGGCUGGAGUCGAAGUUGAAAUCAGGAGAGAUGCGGAUUCAGCAGCUGACCUCACUCUUGCAUGAGUCUGAGGCAGAAAACGCCAAGCUGGCCCAACUGGCAGAUGCUCUCAAGGAAGAAAUCCGAAGAUCGGCUCGUAAUGAAAGCCGAGAAAAGCACAUGGAAAAUAUGGAAUAUACCAAGAAUGUGAUAUUGAAGUUUUUGAUGUUGAGGACCAACGAGGAACGGAAACACCUUGUCCCUGUUCUUAAGACGGUUUUGCAGUUGUCGCCACAGGAAGUGUCACAACUUGAGCAAAUGGCAGUUGGAACGGAAGAAGGAGCCACAAACGGAGGAUGGAGUGAUUAUCUACAUCUCUGGUCAAGUAGAUAACAAGUGGCCACACCAUUUUGAAAUCUGUUCACUAUUCUCCAUUGCCACAUAUGUUGGGGUGUAAAGGUGACUACACUUUAGGUUGUAUUUUUUUUUUUUUUAUUAUUAUUAAUUAAUUAGUUUAUUUAUUUAUUUAUUUAUUAUUAUUUUUUUUUUAAGAUUCUGUGGAGUUAUAUGUUGAUAUGUAUAUAUGUGAGGAAAGUUCGGAAUAUUGUCAAGGACAUUGAUAUACACAAAAAAACGAAAACAAAAACAAAGAAAGAUAGAAAAUGGGUGCCAUAAUUUAUCAUGAGUCCUUUAUGUUAAUAUUUACCAAAGAAAAUGUGAAAUGUAUGCACUUUAAAAUGUUAAAGGAAAUAGUUGGACUUACAGAGAAGUCUGGCAAAAUGACUUAAUAAUAAUAAUUAAUAUCAAGACCUCGGCCCUUUGAUUUUACACUUAUGUUAUAUUAUGCUUAUUUUCAGAGGAGUUAUAUACAUGAUCACGCAACUUGGUUUUUAGGGACCAUAGAGGUGGUGUUGGGUUAUUUUCUAUCAUUAUGGAAGGUCUCUUUGUAUAGGCUUAUUGAAAAUGUAUAUUGGCAAUAGUUACAUUGCAUUUGGGGUUAAGAUUAUAAGUAUAGGUAAAUGAAUACAUAGUUUAUAUAUGUAUUUGUAUGUGUGUGUGUAUGUAUGUAUGUAUGUAUGUAUUUAUGUAUGUAUGUAUGUAUACAUAUGUAUGU